AUGGUGGGCGUGGGAGUGGCGGAGGGGGGCGGCGGCGGCGUGCCCGACGGCUACUACGGCGAGUAUUACCCGCCUGAGCACUACUACGUGCCGCCUGAGCUGUGCCCGCACCCUCAGCAACACCCUCAACAUGCGCACAUGUGCACUGUGCACACGGAAUAUGGUGGUAUGCCAGUAGUAACGUCAGCGACUAUGAUGCCACCUAUGCUGCCACCAGUAUUAGAUGAGGGCAUGCGGCACUACUUGGUAGCGCACCACGGGCAGCCGCAUCCACAUCAUGGACCUCACCACCCGCCCCCACAUCAUCAGCCGCCCCACCACCAGCCGCCACCACACCAUCAACCACCGCAUCACUAUGGCCCCACAAAUGGUGCCGGUGGUCCUCAACAUUUUUAUGGCGGAGGAUACCCAACUCACUUUCACCAUGUGCCUCCGCACCACAUGCAACAUUCACCACCUCCGCCAGUGUAUCAAAAGGAUGAACGAACCCAGCGUCAGUACUCGAAACUAAAGCAGAAAUUAGAACGCAAACACACAAAUAGGAAUAAUGGUAUAGGGGUAAACUCUGGUGCGAGUACACCAUCACUUUCACCUCGGAAAGAUUCGAAUGAGCGAAGCGGGGGUAGUGGUGGCGCGUCUUCCGGCGCGUGGUCCGAGGGUGAGGGGUCGUCAGCGGGUGCUUCCGUGCAGGGCGACGACGAAAACGAUACACAAGCAUUGCUCGACCUGUUGUCUGGAACACGUACACCUCAGGUCAGUGAUAUGACUCCAACUAGUGCACUUGUGCAAUGGAAUUCGCCACUACCUGAAGGUGUUACUCUUCCGAAUGUCGACCUAACUUAUGACCUCCUACUUGGUGACCGUGGUAGAUAUAAAGCUAUAUAUAGUGGAUCUUCAUUAUCAUGCCGGGUUAGAGACUUGAGGCCUGGCUGUGAGUAUUCAGUAUGCUUACAAAUUCGAGCAGGUGAGUUAACUGGGUCAGCAAGUGAGGCUGCUACUUUCCGCGCUCCACCUGCCCCUCCCGAAAGGCCGAGCCCUGCUCGUGUUCAACAAAGAACGCGGUCAUCAGUUUUGUUGAGGUGGUCCUCAGUUGCCGAUAAUGGAGCGAGAAUAACACACUACAUUCUAGAAAUGGACGCUGGCGAGGGAUUCACGGAAUUAAAGCGUCCACGAACUCCACAGCAUACAGUUAAUAAUCUACAACCUCAAACACGUUACCGAUUUCGUAUUGCUGCUGUUAACGAAUGUGGGCGGAGCGAAUGGAGCGAAGAAACUGUCGUGUGGACGGCGGGCCCUCCGCCUCCCGCGCCCGCGCCGCCCGUACUGCGCGGCGCAGAGCCCACCUCGCUCUCCCUCGCCUGGGAAAGAGUUGCUGAAGAAGAAUUCACCCUCCAAAUGGACGACGUAUCACAGGGUCACGGCUACUUGGUCGUGUACUCUGGUCCCGACUGCGAUUACGUCUGUGAUAGGCUCCGUCGUGCGAGUGACUAUCGUUUUCGUUUACGAAGUGAGACCGUGGAUGGAAAAGGCCCCUGGUCAUCGGAAGUCUCGUACCGCACAUUACCUGAACGGCCGGGGCUACCGGGCAGACCUGUACCUCGCGGUAAAAUCCAUUCCCGUGCUUUUCGUCUAAGGUGGGACCCUCCUAGUGACGAUGGUGGCACGGCAGUCGAAUCUUAUACGUUAGAAUUAGACGGGGGCGAUGGCUACAGCUGUGCGUACCGAGGUCCCGAUCGGGAGGCACACUGCGAUCGUUUGUUGCCUGGCACGCAGUACCGAGCUCGCGUCCGUUGCUCGAACGUCGCCGGAGAGAGCGACUGGUCAUCGAGUGAGACCGUAGUGACGGAAGCGACAUGUCCGAGUGCCUGUAGUCCUCCGGUAAUGGCUAGUCCGGCACGUUCGACUUUAGCGGCCGUACGGUGGAAAGCACCCGAGUGUACCGGCGGCGCACCGCUCACCGAAUACCGACUCGAACUCGCCGAUACCGAUGGCUUAGUGCGUUUAGUUCACGUCGGGCUCGAAUCUGAAUGCGUCGUGAAAGAACUACUUCCAGGCCGCGAAUAUCGAGUGUGGGUAACGGCAUGCAACAGGGUAGGUGCAGGACCACCUUCCGCGGCGUUGAGAUUCACGACGGCACCGGCGCCGCCCGACGCUCCCGAAGCUCCCGUGGUCACCUUAGAGACUUCUUGUAACGCUCGAGUAGAAUGGACGGCUCCUCCUAAUAACGGCGCUCCCAUACUAGAUUUUCGCUUGCAAAUGAGCGCGGCGAACGUGGACGAUACUUACACAGAAGUGUACAGAGGAAUGGAAACCGUUUGUAAUGUAUUAAAAUUGACACCAUUCACGCCGUAUUUCUUUCGCGUUUGCGCAACUAACUCUGCGGGGCGCGGUGCCUGGUCCCAGGUGAGAGACGUCCUUACCCCUCGCGCCCCUCCCGCCGCUCCCGCGGGCCUGCGCCACGAGGCCACCGCCGACUCGCUACGGUUGUACUGGCGGACGCCAGCCGGCCACGGCGCCGACGUGCUUCGAUAUCGGAUCGAGAUCGACGACGCCGCCUUCGACACCGAGGGACCGACGCCCGAGCGACUAGUCGAGGGGCUCGCGCCCGACACCGUGUAUCGUGUGCGCGUCGCGGCGCUCAACGAGCUUGGUCUCGGUGACUGGUCCGAGGAAGCGCGCGCGGCGACGCGGCCGCGUCCGCCCGCGCCGCCCGCGAUGCGUUGCGCGCAGACCGCGCACAACCAGCUGCGGCUCGAGUGGGACGCGAGUGGCGAGGGUGCGCAGUACUGCGUCGAGAUGCGCGCGCCCGACGCGCGCGAGUUCCGCCCCGUGUACCGCGGCUCCGCGCACUCGUGCAGGGUGAAGAAGCUGCGCGAGGCGACCGUGUACUCGUUCCGGAUACGAGCGAGCGACGAGCGCGGCGGGCGCGGCGCGUGGGGCGGCGCGCUGGCGGCGCGCACGGCCGCCGCGCCGCCGCCCGCGCUGCCCGCGCCCGCCGUCGCGCCGCAGCCGCCGCGCGCCGCGCUCGUGGCCUGGGACGCGCUGGACGACGCCGCCUACGUGCUGCAGCUGGCGCGCACCAAGGACGCCGUUUUCAAAGAGGUAUACUCCGGAAGUGAGACCCGGUUCCGACUAGACGAGCUGGAGUGCGGCGCGGAGUACCAGGUGCGCGUGUGCGCCGUGCGCGGCGAACUGGCGGGCGCCUGGUCGGCGGCGGCGCGCUUCACCGCGCCCGCGGCGCCGGCGGGCGGGCGCGGGCGGCGCGCGCGUCCCCCGCGCUCGCUGUCGCCGCGCCACGCCGCGCUGCUGCUGGCGGCCGGCUUCCUGCUGCUGGCCGUGCUGGUGGCCGUGCUGCUGCAGCGCCUGGUGGAGCCGCGCCCGUGA